AUGGAGAUAUAAAUUAGAAGACUAUUUGAAAAGCAAAUUUCUCUGAAGUAUCCUGCUUAUGCUGUCGGAGCAUACUUGGGUUUAAAAAUGACCUCAAGCAUUUUGAGAUCUAUUGUUAAAAAGGUUAGAAUAUUAAUUUAAAAGAAGAAGGUUAGAGAAUUUAUUUAACAGAGAGAUGCUAAUCUCUAAAAUUUAAAAAUUCCUACUCCAAAUUUAUCUGAAGAGGUCAUAAGAUUAGUAUUAGAUAGUGAUAUUACUAAUUUGAAAAAAUUGCUUGAAGCAAAAACAGUAACUAGUGUAGAUUUAGUCAACAUUUAUUCAAAAAGAGUAUAGCAAUAUGGAGUCCAAUAUGGAAUUAUAACACAUUUAAAGUAUGAUGAAGCUAUUGAAGCAGCAAAGGAAUGUGAUAGACUUAGAUAAGAAAAUUCCCCUCUUUGUUAACUUCCUUUGUUUGGUAUCCCCAUUUCUAUGAAAGAAACAUUUGAAGAAAAAGGUUAUCCUUCAACUGUAGGAUCUUCUUUUAGAAUAAACCGCAUUUCUGAAGAAGAUGGCUUCUGUGUUAAGCUUUUAAAAUCAGGUGGUGCAAUUCCAUUUUUGCGUACUAAUGUUCCAUAAGCAGCAAUGCUCUUUGAAUCUGCUAAUGAAGUUUAUGGAAGAGUUUAAAAUCCAUGGGAUAGAACUAAAUACGCAGGUGGUUCUUCGGGAGGAGAAGGAGCAGCUGUUGCUGCUAGAAUGUCUCCGGGUGGAAUGGGUAGUGAUCUUGGUGGAUCUAUAAGAAUUCCUGCUGCAAUGUGCGGAGUAUAUGGAUUUAAGCCAACUGCCCAAAGAACGAUUAUGUCUGGACAUACACUCUACUCAGAAGCGUUUAAUGGAUAAAGAACUGUACUUUGUGCAACUGGACCUAUUGGCAAAUCUGUUGAUGACUUAGUUUUAUUCUUUAGACAGUUAAGCGAUCCUCAAUAUUUAUAAAAGUUUAAAUUAUUUGAAAAAGAUCCUUUUUUCCCAUUACAAUAGAUUAAUGAAGCUGAACUUACUAAUAAUAAGAAACAAAGAAGAUUUGGUUACUUUAAAACUCUAGAAUUAUUUGAUUGCACUGUUGCUAAUCAAAGAGCUGUUGAAAUAGCAGUAGAAAAGCUCAGAGCCUAAGGCCAUCAACUAGUAGAAAUUACUUUGCCUAAUGUUGAAUCAAUUAGUGAAGGAUUUAUAUAAUUCUUAGUUGCAGAUGGCUUUGAAGGCAUUUAUGAUUUACUAAGUCAAGAAGAUACUAUCUAGGAAUACAUGCCUAUAAAUUUCUUUACCUCAACACCUGCUGGAGUUAAGAGAGUUCUCAGCUUUUUACUUAAACUUUUAGGAUAAAAAUCUACAGCAAAACUUCUUCCUUAGACAAACAGACUAAAAGUAGAGGAGCUCAAUAGGUUGUAAUAUCAAAUUAGUGUUUUGCAAUAGUAAUAUUUAAGGGUAUUCGAUGAUUACGAAAUUGAAGCUAUCAUUUGUCCUUCUUUUGGAACUCCUGCUCUUCCUCACUCAAGUUCUGUAGAUUCUACUCCUAUAUGCCUUUACACUUAUAUUUGGAAUUACAUCAACUUCCCUUGCGGUGUUUUACCUGUUACAAAAGUACUUAAGGAUGAAUAGCACUUAAAAAAUACGAGAAAUAAAGAACUCCCUGCAAAAAGAGUUGAUUUUUAUAUGAGUUAAAAUACUGAAGGUCUUCCUGUUAAUAUUUAAGUCGUUGCUCCUCCUUUUAAAGAAGAGACCUGCUUAAAUGUGAUGAAAAUGUUAGAUGAUGAAAUAUAGUUCUACAAGCAUAAUUCUUAUCCAGAGCUUAAAUGA